GCUAUCUUAGGAAAGGCAAAAGAGAGACGCCUGAUCAGAGAAAAAAAAAAUAGACCAUGGCUAUGAAUGGAUCGGAGACGGGACCACCGCCUGAUAUGAAGCUGUCGGAGGCGGAGAACGGUGGUGGAACUAAGAGUAGGCCUCUCGUGGAGACGACGACAAUAAACACGCCUUUCGGACGGAAAGGCGACUGCAUACAAGUGACAAUGAGGCUGUUGUGCAUCGUAAGCUCGGUCAUAGCUCUGUCGUUCAUGGUUACAGCCCGUCAGGCUAGCGCACUCACCAUUUUCGGGUUUAAGCUCCCUGUUUCCUCCAAGUGGUCCUAUUCGAACUCGUUCGAGUAUCUGGUUGGCGUGACAGCAGCUGUUGCUGCACACUCCUUACUGCAACUACUAAUUGGUGCUUCAAGACUGCUCAGAAAGUCUCCAGUGAUUCCAUCAAGAACCCAUGCUUGGCUUAUUUUUGUAGGGGAUCAGGUGUUUGCUUAUUUAAUGGUUGGUGCUGGGUCUGCUGCAUCUGGAACCACAAACCUCAAUCGCACAGGCAUACGACACUCAGCUCUACCAAAUUUCUGCAAAGCCUUACAUAGCUUCUGCGACCAUGUCGCAGUCUCGAUAGCUUUUACUUUCAUUAGCUGCAUCUUGCUGGCUGCAUCUGCCGUUCAAGAAGUUAUGUGGCUGUCCAUGUCCAAGUACUGAAAUCAGAUUAGAAGGAAACCUAACAUGCUCCAUUUGUGCUGUCUGUAAUGAAUAUGGUGAAUUGUUGAUUUAGGUUCA